AUGUCUGCUACAACCCUCCUAUAUGUCGCGUACAAAAUACAAGUUGUCACAGGAAAAGAGCAGCGUUCUGCUCAUUGUUCGUCAGUGGAUAACGGACCUCAAUCGUUGCCGCUCCUCCUGAUUAUAACUAAUUUCAAAAUAUGGUCCUUACAUUCUGUCGGAAAUGGGAGCACGUAUUUCCAGCAAAAGAAUCUCUCGAAUAUUCUGAUAGAUACAGGACAACCGGAAGAACAACUUUUUGACACGCUCUUUACAAAUUUUGGUGGCCGCAUACUCAGGAUAUCGUCCUUAGGGAGCCCACCCAUUCAGCAAGUACCUUUACCUGGGAAUCCGAAAUGGCGAGGAUAUAUCUUUCGAAUCGUCAAUACAUUAUCCGACAUCUACAAUUUCACAUACAUAGUUAAAGAAGCCAACGAUCGCCUGUAUGGGAUGCUUGAAGAAACUGGAACAUGGAAUGGUAUGAUAGGCGAAUUAGUGAAUAAGAGUGUGGACAUGGGGGUGGGAGACUUAUCGUGGACUAUGGACAGAAGUAUAGCAGUCGAUCUGACCGAGACUAUCUUUUCCGAAACAGUCACUUUUAUCUACAGAACUCCAGGCUUUUACAGCAGGACGUGGAUCCUCUUCCAAGACGUCGAUUUGAGGGUGUGGAUUAGUUUAACAUUUGCCAUAAUUCUGGGAAGCACCGUAUACUGCCUCACUCUUUAUGUAACGGACGCUUGCGGAAACGAAGAAGAUAUAGUGAAAAUAAAUGAAGAAUUGUUCGUCAAAUCUGCCGUCAGAAGCACUGGAUCGAUUUACAGAGCUCUCUUAGGGCAAAGCAUUGUGCGCCAUCCAAAGGCGACUUCCUGUCGGACAUUGUUGGGAACUUGGUUCAUGGGGGCUUUGAUUCUGAGUGCCCUGUAUGGCGGUAGCUUAACGUCCACUCUGAGUUUGCAUCGAAGCCCCAGACCAGCUGACACACUCAAGGAACUCGUCAAGAGAUAUCCAAAUGCAAUUCUAGCCCUGAGGAACAACUCACAAAUUCAUUCUUACAUUAAGAAAUCUGAAGUAUGGCAAAGUAUCUGGUUAAAGAACAUCCAAAAGAAUGUAAUACCAGGAAAACUUCACAUCGAAGAUUUAAUGAAGGAAGUCCACAGACGGAGACCAGAAAGAGCACCCAUUUAUGUAUGGAUUGCUGAAAGGUUUGCUCGCAAACAGGCUCUUCAAUGCCAUUAUCGAACACAUACUGGUGAAAAGCCAUAUGCCUGUGAUAUUUGUGGUAAAAAUUUUACCCAAAUAAGUAAUCUUGCUAAUCAUAACCGUAAACAUAUGACUGAAAAGCUAUGUGAGUGCUGUAUGUGCAAGAAGACUUUUGUUCAUCAUUUCAAAGUCAGUCAAGAAUCUAAGGAUCAAUACUGUGAUCUUUGUAAAGAAAAACUAGACAAUUCACAGACUCAACCUCCUGCAGCAACUCAAACACAACUGAGGGUAAAAUGCUCUACAUGUGAUGAUCACGAUGGUCAAACCAGUUUAGACUAG